AGCAUGAGAGGCCGCUGCCUGCCUGACCUCAGCGCCGUUGGAAAUCGCUGGAAAACAGCGCCACUGUGACGAAAAGGUUUGACUAAAAAAACAUAUCUACUGAAAAAAUCCGGCUGGCGAAAAAAGGGUUUGAGAAGCAAGCCUAAGGCCAGGUACAUUUUGACCUCUUUUGGCUAGGGAUGCGAAUCUAUUCCGCCAAACGCGAAGUAAAUUAAACAAAUUAAAUUCAUAACAUCAUUAAUAAUGGACGAGAAGGGGGAGUUCAUGCUCAACAACUACUGUGUCUUUGAGAUUAUCGAUUACAUUAUUGCCAAUUGCAAGGCCAAACUUAAAAGUGUGGACGACAGAUUUUGUUGUUGGAGUACCAAAGAGGACGCUGAUUAUGAUGAUUUAAUUAACUUUGCGCUGGCCCAUGAAUUUUUCAUGAAAUUGCUGGAAGAGCGUCACAAAAGUCUUUACGAUUAUCUUGAGGUGGCAAUUGUGCGCAGGAUAACGAUGCUGCUCAUAGAUCAUCGAAUCAAUAAGGAAUCAGAAGCAGAAAGUGAACUUUUCUGGAAAUCAUUCAUACAAUCUGUCAAUGAACGAAGUCCUUUUAAUGUGGCACUGUUUUUCGAUCGAGAUUCCGCAAAAAUUUGUACACACAGAUUUUAUGCUAGCUUCAGUGAUUAUGAAAAAAGAGGUGAAUCACCUAGCUAUAUGAAAACCGAGGUGUUAAGGUUAGACGUCAACAUUACUUCACAAGCGUUGGCUUACAUAUGUCACACUAACCAAAACUUGACACAGUUGACCUUCGAUAGCAUAGAAGUCCUUGGAAGCAUUUCCGAUAUCAUACCCCAAUGCUCCAAUCUCAAGGAACUGCGCUUAAAGCUAAAGACUGGAGCCGAUCCAGGCCAAUAUGCACCUCUUGCAAAGUUGCCCAAUUUAGGCGAUGUUUGGAUUAAAGGCUUGUACGAAAGUGGUUUGGAAUCGAUAUUUUUUAAUGAUUUCAUGCAGUGGAACAGGCCCACGAGUAUGAAACCUUUGACGUUGACCAUCGAGGACAAGCUUACUAGAUUAACUCCGCCGGUUUUGAUUGCGAAUUUAGACACAUUGCGAACUUUGUACGCUUGUAAUUAUGAUGACUCUGGAAUAAUUAUAACCGAGUACGAAUUAACCGAAGUGCCGGAUAGCAGCGAAGUAAUUCGGGAAUCUCUCGAAACCAUAACAAUAGGUCAUAAUAUAAAAAUCAAAUUCGAUGGAAAAGCAGAAAAGCUUGAGCUAAAUAUAUAUUCAGAUUCGGACACAAGUGAACUGUCUACUUUAGCAAAACUGAACAAUAUAAGUCGGUUGAUCAUACAAAAUAUGUGCCGACGAAGUGAUUAUCCUGAAUCACUGGCAAACUUCCUACGAUCUAUGGCCACGAAGAAGUCCUUAAGAUAUUGCGAAAUAAAUUAUGGAAACUUACAUGCAAUAGAGUGCGCAGAACUUGCCAAAAUGGAAUCGCUUCGUUAUCUGAGUUGCCAUUUGUCAAAGUGGAAACUUUUAGAGUUUGCAAGUCAAUUACCUAACCUGCAACAUGCUGUGAUCAAUGUCCGUGAGCCUGUCAAUUCCGAUACUUCAAAGAUGGUUUUUAAAUUGCUAUCAACAUGCCAGGUGCAAUCUUCCAUAUACUCUCCCGGCUCCGUAAUUAACUUUAUAAAAAAUAAAAAGUUGUUGGAGGUUCUUUUCUACGGUGGACGCCCUAAGGCCAAUAUUCCUGCAUCCCUUGCACAACUUGAUGGCGUCAAGACCCUCCAAAUCGAAAGUUGUCCGGAUAUUGAAUCCCUAAGAGUCUUUUUAAGAGCAUGCGAGGGAAAUUGUUGUAAGAUUGAAGAAUUUAAUUUUCUUUAUGGUGAAUCAAUCAGUUUUAAGGAUAUCUCCCAUGUGGCUGAGAUCCAAUCCAUCAAAAAACUAAAAUUAAACGUUUCAGAUACAACGGGCAUUGAGAAAUUGGCAGACCUCAGCAAGCUUGAAGAGUUGGAAAUAUAUGAGUAUGCGAUAGGAAACCUUUCCGACCUUUUUACGAAACUAGCUGAUAAGAAUAAAAUUCAAUUUAUGGGUUGCAAAAAUCUCAACACCAAUGAGGUGUUAAAAGUUUCCCGAAUAGGGUCAUUGAAGAAACUGAAGUGCCAUAUUUCAGACCCAGAAGAUAUAGAUUCGUUGUCAGAGCUGGCUAACUCGAGUAUUGAAGAAUUCAUUUUCACAGAGCCACAAUCAAGCCGGUCUCUUCAAAAUAUGUUUGACUCCUUUUCAACAAACAAUAGAAGUACUCUUCAGCAUCUGAACGUGCACAAACUUGACAUCACUGGAAAUGCAGAACUUAUGGAGAUUAAAGGCCUGAAAAGGUCUUUUGAAGCUACUACUUCUACUGAGAAAUUCUGGAACGUUUUGGAUCUUAAAUCCGUGCUCACUCUUCAGAAACUAGAAAUUGGUACUGAGAUUGGCGUCAGCGAGUGCCAAUAUUUGGUUCAACUUAAAAUGUUGGAGUCCUUGAAAUGUCGCUUGCGCGAUGAGCAGGGCACACAAGUUUUGGCAAAUAUACAAAAUCUUAAAGAACUAACCUGUGAAUCGAAAGGGUCGCUGAGUGAGCUUUAUCGGGAAUUUGGUCAAAUACAAGAGUCAAAACUACGAGAACUGCAUACAACAAUUACAUGUUCUGAUGAAAUCAGUGAAAUAUCGAAAAUAAAACCUUUAAAAAUGCUAACUAUAGACAUUAGAAGCGUGCGGAAAAGCUUAUCAAAUCUUAAGCACUUAAGUGAACUUGAGUCUUUACAUAUUAAAGAAUAUUUUUCGUUUUAUUCUGAAAUAGACCAAAACAGUGUUUUGCCUGUAUUUGAAACAUGUACAAAGCUAGUUUGCGUUACUUUGGAGUUCUUAAAUACAAAAGAAGUGGAUCCAAGUUUUGUAAGCCAAGUAAACGAAGCUCUAAAAUGUGUAAGAGAUUCGGCCACUCAGAGGCCUUUGGAACUUUGCCUAAAUAAUAUAAGCUUUUUCCCAAAAUUUGAUAUAGGAGCCGUUGUUGAUGCGGCUUACUUGACCGUCUUCUAUACUUAUGGAACAUCUGAGUUUGACGUUGAAGAAGAGUUCUUUUCAAAUGCUCCAAAGUCUGACGACAGCGACUUUUAAAAAAAUUAAAGCUUUAUUACAAACACAUUUUUUGAUUGUUUAUAUAUUCCAUAUAUUUUGCAUAUAUUUGUUGCUUUUUUAUAGUUUACACAAUAAAAAUCAUAAUGCGUCUCAACAAAAACAA